AUGUACGGAAUCCUUCUCAUAGUUGCAAUCUUGAUUAUAAUAAUACUUAUUAUUGGUAUACAUGAGAAGAGUACCAACGCAAUAUGUACAUCAAGAAGAAGGUUAGAAGGAAAGACUGCCUUAGUGACUGGAGGUACAGCAGGAAUGGGACUAGAAAUAGCAAAAGACCUUGCCCAUCGGGGUGCUAGAGUUAUAGUUGCAUGCCCGUUUAUAGAAGAAGGCACUAAUGCAAGAAAGGAGAUAGUAAAAGAAACUGAGAAUGAAAACGUAGUCUUCAAGCACCUCGACCUUUCGUCUGUGGAUUCAAUUAGAACAUUUGCUGCAGAUGUUUUAACCAAUGAGAACAGAUUGGACAUGUUAAUAAAUAAUGCCGGAGUAGGACAUGUUCAAGACAGUCAAACAAAAGAUCACAUGCACUUUAUAAUGCAAGUUAAUUAUUACGGCUCGUUUCUAUUAACUCUUCUUUUACUACCACUUUUAUUGAAGACAGGCAAACCUGAUGAGCCAAGCAGAAUAUUAUUGACAUCUUCAGUUCUGCAUAACUUGGGCCAAAUAGAUGUUGAGAAUAUAAAUAGAACAAAUUAUUGGUAUCGAUUACAAAUCUACUGCAACAGCAAACUUUGUCUUGUUUUAUUUGGCAAUGAACUUGCGAAAAGGCUAAAAGGCACCAGUGUUGUUGUGAACACCAUAGAUCCUGGUGCUGUUGGAACAAGAAUAUUUGACUCUGGAAGUAGGGUCUUAGGUUUUUUCUUAAAAUUAUUCAUAAAUGCUUUUUUCAAAAAUACUUGGCAAGGCGCCCAAACGGCUUUACAUGUGAUGUUGGAUAAAAAAGCUGGUGAAGUGAAUGGUGGAUUUUUCAAAAACUGUAAAGUUAGCAAACCUGUUAAUCGCGCUAAUUGUGAUAAAACAGCGAAAGUCCUUUGGGAAGAAUCUAUGAGACUUGUGAAUCUAAGCCCCGAUGAAUUAGAAAAAUGUUUUAAACCUUUAUGA